UCCAAGUUGGUGGUGGCAGAUCAGUACAGUCCUGCUGUCCCUAGCUUGUGUCCUCACUAUCAUAGUGGCAGUGAUGGCGGUGUCUGCCUGCUGUAUAGAUUACGUCAUUCACACAGCCACAGCGAGAACAGCGGGAAGUCUGCAACUGCUAGCGGGAAUGUUGGUGUGUGGAGGACUUGUUGUUUACCCUCUUGGUUGGGACAAUAAAGAAGUCAGAGAUUGCUGCGGAAGCGCUGCGCAUAUUUAUACCUUAGGUAAUUGCAAGUUGUCAUGGUCGCUGUACCUCCUGGCUGCCGCGGUGGUCCUCCUGGCAGUCUGCUUCACCUUGAGCCCGACUGUGUCCAGAGUUAAUUACUGUGUCUACCGAUCGUGACACUGCCUCUUUGUCGAUCCUCCCUCCAAGCACUUGCUAGAGACCUCCACCCAACUCUAACACUUCUAUACUUCUAAACAGACUAGUAAUAAGACUACUGUUAUCUGCAUUAAACUUUUUUAAUCUAACGAAGAUAAAAUAUGUGGUCUGUAUAUAGGUAAUUGUUAUCUAAUAAAAGAUUAAAACUUUGCAUGGUGCUUAGAGUUAUCAAGAUUGACCUCUCUCUGACUUGUCACAAAACGGUGAUAUAUUAUUACCAAAAAGCAAACAUAUGAAACAGAAACAGAGGAAUCUCAACUAUAAAAAUAGCUACACGAUGUAAAUGUGUGUGUACUUCGUGUGACUAUUUUUAUAGUUGAGGUUGUCAAAUAUGCUGAGAUUUUGAUUUCUCAAGAUUUUAAGUGUUUUGACUCCUAAACUUUUAUUCAUUAGGCAAACAUAUUUUCUAGCACUACUACAAUUUGAUUUUUUGUUUUUGUUCGUUUUAACUCUGUUUGUGCUUCCUAUAAACUUGAUAUAUUUCUAUAAUAUCACUUUUGUGCUCAUUUUUAUCGGACCUAGCAACUUUUAUGCACUAAUUUAGAGCUUUUAUCAUUUUAUUACGAAGUAUUUAUGCCUCAUAUUUCUAAAUCACUUGGUUUCUUCAUAAAAUUAAGAAAUCCAUGUGAUCUUUGAAUCCUUUGAACACCUUUGGUUACUACUACUCGACCUACUAUCUAGAGUCUGUUAAAACGUUCAAGUUUACGUUGUUAAAAUUUGUAAGUUUCAUAAAACUUCGUAAGUUUAGGUAUGAUAACAAAUAAUGUAAGUGUUACGUACUGAUUGGUCUCAACACUUUCAAAAUUGGUAAAUGAAUGGAAAUGUUAUUUUAUAGUUAUACAUACUCUCAUCCCAGUUCUUUAUUAUUCCAAUAUUAACAUAAAUAUUGGUCUGAGAAGAGCUACAUCAGAAAUAUAACAACUGAAAAAGAAUUACAUAAAAUUGUGAUUACUUAGUUUUUAGACUUUUUUACAUAUCUGUUAAACCUUACAAACAUUAAUACGACUUAAUGUUGCCUAAAUAUAGUUGUUAAUAUAUUAUAACAUUUAAUCAAUAGACUAUUAAACUGUUUGCAUCUAUGUUUUGUUUUAAAAUCCCAAAUGUUCCUUUCCAAAACUUGGUAUCUUGUAAGUUAUACUUUUAAGUUUAAGUAUACUUAAAAAUUAACUUGCAAGUCAAUGUAAAAACUAAUUAAAUGAGCAGUA